UCUGUGCUGAAUGUGGAGCCCAACAUGGGACUCAAUUCCAUGACCCUGUGAUCAUGACCCCAAGCUAAAAUCAAGAGUCAGAUACUCAACAGACUGAGCCACCCAGGUGUCCAUCCUUCUAUGGCUCUUAAAAGUCAGGUCUAGCCUCCUUUCCAACCAGGACCCAGCAGAAUGGCUCCCACAAAGAAAGGUGGUGAGGAGAAGAAGAAGGGACAUUCCGCCAUCAAUGAGGUAGUGACUAGAGAAUACACCAUCAACAUUCACAAGUGCACCCAUGGCAUGGAUUUCAAGAAGCGUGCCCCUCAGGCACUCAAAGAGAUCUGGAAAUUUGCUGUGAAGGAGAUGGGAACUCCAGAUGUGUGCAUUGACACCAGGCUCAACCACACUCUCUGGGCCAAAGGAAUAAGGAAUGUUCCAUACCGUAUCCACGUGCAGUUGUCCAGAAAACAUAAUGUGGAUGAAUAUUCACCAAACAAGCCCUAUAUGUUGGUUACCCAUGUACCUGUCACCACCUUCAAAAAUCUACAGGCAGUUAAUGUGGAUGAGAACUAAUUGUUGAUUGUCAAAUAAAGGUCUAAAACUGCCAAAAAAAAGUCUAUUAGGAAUUUUGGUAAAUUACAUAAUGUUUUUCCAUUGACUCAAAUUAUUUCACAGGUGAUUUUAAUGUGUGC